GAUGUUUUGCCGCGACACCGCCGCACGUGCUGUCAAAUGUCAACAAGUUUAGGGUAAAACAGCUGACAUUGGGGCGAUGUCAGACAGAGCCUUUCGCAAUCCCUUCCCGGAUUACGAUGGGGAAAGUGUCCUGACUGAGGAAGGAAAGCUACCCGAACCCUAUCUGAAGCAGCUGAGGGGCAAGAUUGAUGAACUGCUGUCUCGUGUAGAGGCUGCAGGGCCUGAGGAUGACGACAGUGUUUAUGUCGGAGGAGCAGGCAGAGCGACUUUGUACCUCCACCUACACACAACAGUAGGCGAUGGGAAGGGAGAGGAAUACCUCCAGAAGGCUCUUGCCAACCUACAGCACCCCUUGUCUUCCAUGAAGGGGAGGAAACUCUCCUUCAUGUGCGGUGAUGCUGGUCCACUGGCCCUUGGUGCUAUAGUUUACAGUAAGCUUGGCCAAGCUAAGAAGAGCCAGGAUUGUUUACAGAGAUUGGAGUCUUUCCAUAGCAAGGUGAUAAGUGAUGAUACCAUGCCAGAUGAAAUCCUGUUCGGUCGCACCGGCUACCUGUACGCAUUGUUGCUCAUUAGAAGAGAGCUGGGAAGGGACUUUGUCAACUCCGAGAUUAUUUCCAAGGUUGUCCAAGCAGUACUGGACUCGGGCCAGAGGAUGUCCAAAGACCAGGGUAGGUCUCACCCCUUAAUGUACGCAUGGCAUGACAAGCACUACCUGGGGUCUGCCCAUGGACUGGCUGGAAUCUUCUACAUGCUUAUGCAGGUGCAAGAUCCCAGUUUCAGCAGUACCCUGACAACACUGGUUAAACCUAGCAUUGAUUAUAUGCUGACACUUCGCUUCCCUUCUGGAAACUGUCCCUCCUCACUUGGAAGUAGUUCCGGCGACAAACUAGUUCACUGGUGUCAUGGAGCCCCUGGCUGGAUUCACAUGUUUUUACUUGCUUACAAGACAUUCGGAGAUGAGCAGUAUCUGGAGGCGGCCAAGGGCUGUGCUGAUGUCAUCUGGAAGCGAGGCCUGCUAAAGAAGGGAUAUGGCAUCUGUCACGGGACAGCUGGCAAUGCCUACGCUUUCCUUGCAAUGUUUAAACUCACCAAGGACCAGAAAUACCUGUACAGGGCCUGCAAGUUUGCUGACUGGUGCUGUGACUAUGGUACCCACGGGUGUGGUACUCCAGACAGACCGUACUCUCUAUUUGAAGGAAUGUCUGGCACCAUCUACUUCCUUGCCGACCUCUUGGAUCCUCUCACCGCCAGAUUUCCAGCUUUUGAACUCUGAGGAAGGAGUCUUCGGUCUGUGGCUCAUAAUCUGUAGUUCUGUGUUGUGACGAUCUGCUUCCUCUGCUCAGCAGGAUGUGACAUUCGCUUGCAGAACCUUCUGACAUCUGUUGUUAAGUUAUGGAGCUUAUGUAGACAGCCUUAGCGUUGUUCUUUGACAGUAAGACUCUGCCAGUAGAACAAAUAUGUUGGAACAUCAAUUGUGCUGUAUACAUAUCAUGAGGGUAGAACACCUUGGUGAACAUUCUCAGUUUUACACUCAACAAAAACUAACAAAGAGUACAUGUAUUGUUAGUGAUUCAAUAUAUGAGACACCCAUGCUUUCUCCAGUUCUACUCUGACAUCCAGGUUUCACCUGAAGCUGUGUUUGAGGUUGUCAGUGUAUCAUUCUUAAUGACCAAGGGUAUUUUAUCCCCAUUCCUAUAAUAACCUGACUUACUCUCUGAUUUGAUUCCAUGGGUAGAUCAGAUAAAAC